ACUCCAAAGACAAAUUUGACGGUUCCUGGAUGAUUCUCUCACGCAGAUCAUGUGACCCAGAGCACAACAACUCGUUGGAAGUUGGCAUGCAUGCAUAUAUCGAUUGGAUACAGACUACAAUUUAUUGGCCAUGUUCAUUGACCCUCGUUCUCUCUUUUAUUAUAUUUCAUUGAUUCUAUAACAUCUUCAACAUGUCCUGAAUACCUCACCGUGCCCCCGUAAAGCUGCUCGUACUGACGCGGCUCUUUGCCCGGGUGAUGUCAUCCCCAACUCCCCUCUUCCCCCAGCCGUCCCGCCUCUCUUUCUCGACAGCAACCCAUCGUUCCAUCCACGGAUCCUCGAUUUCCCAUCACCAUGGCCGAAGCUGAAGACGUUCUUAUUCAGGCUCUGCCGCCUGCCACCGACUAUCUGACUUACCUUACCCUGCUCGAGUAUCAGUUGACGUCCGUCCGUCUGCCUAUUCUCCAUAAGGUCCUGCAAGAUGAGACCCUGACAACCAACAUUGGCUGGGACCUCGUCCAGUUGCUUUUGCCGAUGCUUCCCCAUUCCUUGGAAUGUCUUCAGGAUAUUGCAAGACUGGGAAACCCGAGAGAGGUUAUCCUACGAGUCUCCGAAGCUCUGAUGGCGCUUCAGCCUGAGGACGACGACACAGAAUCCGAAGCGGAGGAUACAAAUGCAUUGGAGACUCAGCUGAAAAACACCGAUAUUGGCGAUGAUGAUGAUACCAAGUCUGAUGAGCCAACAAGGCCUCUUCCGCGACACGUAGUGCAAUUCAAUUGCCUCCUCGCCAUGCUUUCCGUGCUCCAUACCCGCAUCCAGACCAAAUACCCGAGUCGGUUUAUCGCGACCUCGCUGCAAGCCGCACUAGAAGCGUACACAAUGAUGCCGACCAGUGAGACAACAGUCGCCCUUCUUGAAUUUUUCAGAGAUGUCUCCCCAUCUAAACGACCUGCGCCUCCACCGAGAGCAGCUAGCGAAUCCAGCCUGUUGCGUGUCUCAGAAGCCUCUGCCCCGGACCCUGAGGCUGAAGUUCAACCCUCCCCAUCAACCAACGAUGAUAAGGUUUUGGUCAAUGGUUUCCUACAGUUUGGUCUUAUCGAGUUGCUCAAAUCAUAUCUGUUGAGUUUUUCGGGUCCCAUGGACCCUGGCAUGUCGUGGGCCAUCAGAUUGCAAGAGAAGAUGCACCCUAAAUCAUGCAUUCCUGGGAAACAAACGCAAAUGGAUAUCUAUGCGACUACCAAGGAGCUUAGGGAAAGAGACAUGCUAAUGGCAAAGAUCACGGCUUUGUCCCGGGAUCUUGGUCUAGACGAUAAUAAACUCCUCGCGAUUGUCUCCCUACCGUCCGAGAACCAACCGCCACCUCUUGACUUUGACGAAACCCCGAAGAAGGUGGAAGAAAUUCCCCUGGAGAGACACGGUUGCUUAUUGCUUUUGGCAGCACGGGUCGUAGGAGCUGAGCUCUUCACUUCCCGACAAACAACACCAAUUCCCGUGUUCCCUGACUUGGCCCGGUUAUUCUCGAACUUUGUCGGUGGAUACGGCACCCCAGAAGAAGUGACUUUGGGGCAACCGCAGGUUCUUUUAGACUCCCUGCUCACCCUGACCAUUUUCUCGACGGAAAAACCGAUCAACAGCCCAUCGGACGAUACAGAAUUCAGAAACUUUGUUCUGGAGUUGACCGCCUGUGCAGCACGUCAGAGCUACAGCUCCAUCCGACGGAUCCCUGCGACUGUUGUCCACAGCCACCCUUCGCCCGUCGCUCGCUUUAAGUUGAUUCGCAAGGUCUUGGAGGAUGGCAAGCUAUUGACCGUCAAGGAUAGUGCAAUUGGGUGGCUUAAGGAUGAGAUUCUGAGUGCUCAAAAGUCGGAGUCAACCACCUCAGACAGCACCAACAUCUUCCUCGAUCCGCACUACUUCUCCGUUCUAUUCCCCGCACUGUUCAGCACCGCUGAAUUACUACUCAACGUGUCGUCAGAAAUCGUGGCAUCUUGGACCAAGUUCUCUCAGACACUGACCCCAUCGAUCCACGCUGCCCUUAGCCUGUACUACGUGCUUGUCUCGUCCUCAUUCCUUCGAGAGCGGUUACAACUGGAAAAGACGUAUGUGUAUUUUAGAAACCGCUUUCUCGAACCCCUCAAGUCACUCUGUCACGCUUUCGAGGCAGACCUGUCAAAUAACGGCGGAGAUGGACGAAUCGAAGCCGCUGUGGGUGAGAGCAUGUGCGAGGUCGGGAUGGCCCGGUCCGUGGGAUUGAUAACCCACGUUCUGGAACAAGUGGAGGAUGCAGUCGGCGACGCAUUUGUCCUCACAGAUGCAGAGCUGCAGGAGCCAAGUGCGGACGAUAUUGCCCGAGUGGACGCAAUACGCAAGGAGACGUCGUAGAUAUUAUUUGAAAUUCUGUACUUAUGACGAGUCAAUCCUUGAACGAGUGAUGAAUUGAUCAAUUAAGCGACUGAAAACUGUCCACCUUAAAUGACAGAUUGCAAUAAAUGAUAAAGUAGAUAUUCAGAGAUCUUAUGAUUCCUCUACUAACAACAUGGCCAAACUAUAAGAGACCACUCCCACC